UCCCAGCCCGCCUGCCUGCCUGCUGCUGCCAAUGCUUAUUCUUGCUGGUGAUGACAUUCAGCAAGCUCCCUAGCACCGAUGCUUCGUUAUGUAAGGCUGUCUAGGUCAAGUGUAGGAGACUCACUGCUGGCCUGUGGAAACUCAUGGAACUGUUUCUUCAGAUUAACACUUCAGGGGCUAUGGAAGCUGGAGGAAGCUGAGCUUUUACUACAUCUUUUGGGGAGAAAACCAACCAAGCAGCAGCAAAAGGAUGUUGCCUUGCCCGUGUGCCCAGCGAGAUAUGUCAGCUUAUGAGAAGUGCUGAGUAAUGCCUGCAGAGGAGUUCCAUACACAAAGUAAAUGGUAAUUAAAAUGUGCAGGAUGACAAAAUGGAGCAAACAGUGCUUGUACCACCAGGACCUGACAGCUUCAACUUCUUCACCAGAGAAUCUCUUGCGGCUAUUGAAAGGCGCAUUGCAGAAGAAAAGGCUAAGAAUCCUAAACCAGACAAAAAAGAUGAUGAUGAAAAUGGCCCAAAGCCCAACAGUGACUUGGAAGCUGGCAAGAACCUUCCAUUUAUUUAUGGAGACAUUCCUCCAGAGAUGGUGUCAGAGCCCCUGGAGGACCUGGACCCAUACUAUAUCAAUAAAAAAACUUUUAUAGUAUUGAAUAAAGGGAAGGCCAUCUUCCGGUUCAGUGCCACCUCCGCCCUGUACAUUUUAACUCCCUUCAAUCCUCUUAGGAAAAUAGCAAUUAAGAUUUUGGUACAUUCAUUAUUCAGCAUGCUAAUUAUGUGCACUAUUUUGACCAACUGUGUGUUUAUGACAAUGAGUAACCCUCCUGACUGGACAAAGAAUGUAGAGUACACCUUCACAGGGAUAUAUACUUUUGAAUCGCUCAUAAAAAUUAUUGCCAGAGGCUUCUGUUUAGAAGAUUUUACUUUCCUUCGAGAUCCAUGGAACUGGCUUGACUUCACUGUCAUUACCUUCGCAUAUGUGACAGAGUUUGUGGACCUGGGCAAUGUCUCAGCGUUGAGAACAUUCAGAGUUCUCCGAGCUUUGAAAACGAUCUCAGUCAUUCCAGGCCUGAAGACCAUCGUGGGGGCGCUGAUCCAGUCGGUGAAGAAGCUGUCCGAUGUCAUGAUCCUGACCGUGUUCUGUCUGAGUGUGUUUGCACUCAUAGGCCUGCAGCUCUUCAUGGGCAACCUGCGGAAUAAAUGUGUGCAAUGGCCUCCUACCAAUGCUUCCCUGGAGGAACACAGCAUAGAGAAGAAUGUUACCAUGGAUUACAAUGGCACACUUGUAAAUGAGACUGUGUAUGAGUUUGACUGGAAAUCAUAUAUUCAAGAUUCAAGGUAUCACUAUUUCCUGGAGGGUUUUUUAGAUGCUCUGCUAUGUGGAAAUAGCUCGGAUGCGGGCCAGUGUCCCGAAGGAUAUAUGUGUGUAAAAGCUGGUAGAAACCCUAAUUAUGGUUACACAAGCUUUGAUACCUUCAGUUGGGCAUUUUUAUCCCUGUUUCGACUGAUGACUCAGGACUUUUGGGAAAAUCUUUACCAACUGACUUUACGUGCUGCUGGGAAAACCUACAUGAUAUUCUUUGUGCUGGUCAUUUUCCUGGGCUCAUUCUAUCUAAUAAAUUUGAUCCUGGCUGUGGUGGCCAUGGCCUACGAGGAACAGAAUCAGGCCACCCUGGAAGAGGCUGAGCAGAAAGAGGCCGAAUUCCAGCAGAUGCUUGAACAGCUGAAAAAGCAGCAAGAGGCAGCUCAGCAGGCAGCCGCCACCACAGUCUCAGAACAUUCCAGAGAGCCCAGCGCGGCAGGCAGGCUCUCGGACAGCUCUUCCGAAGCCUCCAAGUUGAGUUCCAAAAGUGCUAAGGAAAGAAGAAACAGGAGGAAGAAAAGAAAACAAAAAGAGCAGUCUGGCGGAGAAGAGAAAGAUGAGGACGAGUUCCACAAAUCUGAGUCUGAAGACAGCAUCAGGAGGAAAGGGUUUCGCUUCUCCAUUGAAGGGAACCGACUGACGUACGAAAAGAGGUACUCUUCCCCACACCAGUCUUUACUGAGCAUCCGUGGCUCCCUAUUUUCUCCAAGGCGAAAUAGCAGAACAAGUCUUUUCAGCUUUAGAGGGCGAGCAAAGGAUGUGGGAUCUGAGAAUGAUUUUGCUGAUGAUGAGCACAGUACCUUUGAGGACAAUGAGAGCCGGAGGGAUUCCUUGUUUGUGCCCCGGCGACAUGGAGAGCGCCGCAACAGUAACCUGAGUCAGACCAGCAGGUCGUCCCGGAUGCUGGCCGUGUUCCCAGCGAAUGGCAAGAUGCACAGCACUGUGGAUUGCAAUGGUGUGGUUUCCUUGGUUGGUGGACCUUCAGUUCCUACAUCGCCUGUUGGACAGCUUCUGCCAGAGGUGAUAAUAGAUAAGCCAGCUACUGAUGACAAUGGAACAACUACUGAAACGGAAAUGAGAAAGAGAAGGUCAAGCUCUUUCCAUGUUUCUAUGGAUUUUCUAGAAGAUCCUUCACAAAGGCAAAGAGCAAUGAGUAUAGCCAGCAUCCUCACAAAUACCGUAGAAGAACUUGAAGAAUCCAGGCAGAAAUGCCCACCCUGUUGGUAUAAAUUUUCCAACAUAUUCUUAAUCUGGGACUGUUCUCCAUACUGGUUAAAAGUGAAACAUAUUGUCAACCUGGUCGUGAUGGACCCAUUUGUUGAUCUGGCCAUCACCAUCUGUAUUGUUUUAAAUACUCUCUUCAUGGCGAUGGAGCACUACCCCAUGACGGAGCAUUUCAAUAAUGUGCUUACAGUAGGAAAUUUGGUUUUCACUGGGAUCUUUACAGCAGAAAUGUUUCUGAAAAUUAUUGCCAUGGAUCCUUACUAUUAUUUCCAAGAAGGCUGGAAUAUCUUUGAUGGUUUCAUUGUGACACUUAGCCUGGUAGAGCUUGGUCUUGCCAAUGUGGAAGGAUUAUCAGUUCUCCGUUCAUUCCGAUUGCUCCGAGUUUUCAAGUUGGCAAAAUCUUGGCCAACAUUAAACAUGUUAAUAAAGAUCAUCGGCAACUCCGUGGGUGCUCUGGGUAACCUCACCCUGGUGCUGGCCAUCAUCGUGUUCAUCUUUGCCGUGGUCGGCAUGCAGCUCUUCGGGAAGAGCUACAAAGACUGUGUCUGCAAGAUUGCCAGUGACUGUAAACUCCCGCGCUGGCACAUGCACGACUUCUUCCACUCCUUCCUGAUUGUGUUCCGCGUGCUGUGUGGGGAGUGGAUAGAGACCAUGUGGGACUGCAUGGAGGUCGCUGGCCAAGCCAUGUGCCUUACUGUCUUCAUGAUGGUCAUGGUGAUUGGAAACCUAGUGGUCCUGAAUCUCUUUCUGGCUUUGCUUCUGAGCUCAUUUAGCGCAGACAACCUUGCAGCCACAGAUGAUGAUAAUGAAAUGAACAACCUUCAGAUUGCUGUGGACAGGAUGCAUAAGGGGAUAGCUUACGUGAAGAGAAAAAUAUAUGAAUUUAUUCAGCAGGCUUUUGUUAGGAAAAAAAAGAUUUUAGAUGAAAUUAAGCCACUUGAUGACUUAAACAACAAAAAGGACAGUUGUAUGUCCAACCAUACAGGAGAAAUUGGGAAGGACCUUGACUAUCUGAGAGAUGUAAAUGGAACUACAAGUGGCAUUGGAACUGGCAGCAGUGUUGAAAAGUACAUUAUAGAUGAAAGUGAUUAUAUGUCAUUCAUCAAUAAUCCCAGCCUUACUGUAACCGUACCAAUAGCUGUGGGAGAGUCUGACUUUGAAAAUUUAAACACAGAGGACUUUAGCAGUGAAUCUGAUCUGGAAGAAAGCAAAGAGAAACUUAAUGAAAGCAGCAGCUCAUCGGAAGGUAGCACUGUGGACAUCGGAGCCCCUGCGGAAGAACAGCCUGUUGUGGAACCCGAAGAAACUCUGGAACCCGAAGCCUGCUUCACAGAAGGCUGUGUGCAAAGAUUCAAGUGCUGCCAAAUCAGUGUGGAAGAAGGGAGGGGAAAACAGUGGUGGAACCUGAGGAGGACGUGCUUCCGAAUAGUUGAACAUAACUGGUUUGAGACCUUUAUUGUUUUCAUGAUUCUCCUUAGUAGUGGUGCUCUGGCAUUUGAAGAUAUAUAUAUUGAUCAACGAAAGACAAUCAAGACUAUGUUGGAAUAUGCUGACAAGGUCUUCACUUACAUCUUCAUUCUGGAAAUGCUUCUCAAGUGGGUGGCAUACGGAUAUCAGACAUAUUUCACUAAUGCCUGGUGUUGGCUGGACUUCUUGAUUGUUGAUGUUUCAUUGGUCAGCUUAACAGCAAAUGCCUUGGGUUACUCAGAACUGGGUGCCAUCAAAUCCCUCAGGACACUAAGAGCUCUGAGACCUCUAAGAGCUUUAUCACGAUUUGAAGGGAUGAGGGUGGUUGUGAAUGCCCUUUUAGGAGCGAUUCCAUCCAUCAUGAAUGUGCUUCUGGUUUGUCUUAUAUUCUGGCUAAUUUUCAGCAUCAUGGGCGUAAAUUUGUUUGCUGGCAAAUUCUACCACUGUGUUAACACCACAACUGGUGACAUGUUUGACAUCAGCGAAGUCAAUAACCAUUCUGAUUGCCUAAAACUCAUAGAAAGAAAUGAGACUGCCCGAUGGAAAAAUGUGAAAGUAAACUUUGAUAAUGUAGGAUUUGGGUAUCUCUCUUUGCUUCAAGUUGCCACAUUUAAGGGAUGGAUGGAUAUAAUGUAUGCAGCCGUUGAUUCCAGAAAUGUGGAACUCCAGCCUCAGUAUGAGGAGAGUCUGUAUAUGUACCUCUAUUUUGUUAUUUUCAUCAUCUUUGGGUCCUUCUUCACCUUGAAUCUGUUUAUUGGUGUCAUCAUAGAUAACUUCAACCAGCAAAAAAAGAAGUUUGGAGGUCAAGACAUCUUUAUGACAGAAGAACAGAAGAAAUACUAUAACGCAAUGAAAAAAUUGGGAUCAAAAAAGCCACAAAAGCCUAUACCUCGACCAGGAAAUAAAUUUCAAGGGAUGGUCUUUGACUUUGUAACCAGACAAGUUUUUGACAUCAGCAUCAUGAUCCUCAUCUGCCUCAACAUGGUCACUAUGAUGGUGGAAACAGACGACCAGAGUGAAUAUGUGACCAAUAUUCUGUCACGAAUCAAUCUGGUGUUCAUUGUGCUGUUCACGGGAGAGUGUGUGCUGAAGCUCAUCUCCCUCCGCCAUUAUUAUUUUACCAUUGGCUGGAAUAUUUUUGAUUUUGUGGUCGUCAUUCUAUCCAUUGUAGGUGACCCUAAUAAAGUUAACCCCGGAAGCUCAGUGAAGGGUGACUGUGGGAAUCCAUCUGUUGGGAUUUUCUUUUUCGUCAGUUACAUCAUCAUUUCCUUUCUGGUCGUGGUGAACAUGUACAUCGCUGUCAUCCUUGAGAACUUCAGUGUUGCCACUGAAGAAAGUGCAGAGCCCCUGAGUGAGGAUGACUUUGAGAUGUUCUACGAGGUUUGGGAGAAGUUUGACCCUGAUGCAACCCAAUUCAUGGAAUUUGAAAAACUCUCUCAGUUUGCAGCUGCCCUUGAACCUCCUCUUAAUUUACCACAACCAAACAAACUCCAACUCAUUGCCAUGGAUUUGCCUAUGGUGAGUGGUGACCGAAUCCAUUGUUUGGACAUUUUAUUUGCUUUUACAAAGCGGGUUCUAGGAGAGAGUGGAGAGAUGGAUGCCCUGCGGAUACAGAUGGAAGAGAGAUUCAUGGCUUCCAAUCCCUCCAAGGUCUCUUAUCAGCCAAUCACUACUACAUUAAAAAGGAAGCAAGAAGAAGUAUCUGCUGUUAUCAUUCAGCGAGCAUAUAGGCGCCACCUUCUGAAGCGAACUGUAAAACAAGCUUCAUUUACCUACAAUAAAAACAAACUGAAAGGUGGGGCUAAUCUUCUUGUAAAAGAAGACAUGAUAAUUGACAGAAUAAAUGAAAACUCUAUUACAGAGAAAACCGAUCUGACUAUGUCCACUGCAGUUUGUCCACCCUCCUAUGACAGGGUGACAAAGCCAAUUGUAGAAAAACACGAGCAGGAAGGAAAAGAUGAAAAAGCCAAAGGAAAAUAAACAAAGACAAAUACAAAUAAUCGGGUGACAAAUUGUUUACAGCCUGUGAAGGUGAUGUAUUUUUGUCAACAGAACUCCUUUAGGAGGUCAAUGCCAAACAGACUGUUUUUACAUAAAUCUACUUAAGGUCAGUGCCUACAUAAGACAGUGACCCCUUGUUGGCAAACUGUGUGUGACUGUGUAAGGAGAAAUGACCUUAACAGGAGGUUACUGUUCCCACUACCAGCUGACACUGCUGAAGACAAGGGACAAAGUGGCUACUCAGACUUUGGGACCAGUUUAAAGGGGUGCAAACCUAUAAUUUGGGGGUUGUUUAACAUGAAACACUUUAGUGUAGUAAUUGUAUCCACUGUUUGCAUUUCAACUGCCACAUUUGUCACAUUUUUACAAACUCUGUUCGUGGAUUCAUCUUUUUUUUAAUCCAUAUGUUGUUUGUUAUAUGUGACUAUUUUUGUAAACAGUGUUUCUGUUUGGAAAUAGACUAAAGGACCUCCUUUACAGGUACGUAUGUCACCUGUGGGUAUGGCAACCACAUGGCCCUCCCAUCUACGCAAAGUUGUAGUUUGCAUGAGGGCAUGUAGCACUUACAGAUCAUGCAUGAGAAAUUGUCACAAGGAAAACAACAACAGUUCUUAAAUAGCUCUUAAAUCUUGCCUGUGUCUCUGGGAGGGGUAAGCGGUGAUAGCUGGACCAUAUGUUUUCUGAAGUAGUUUGUUUUGAGGUAGAUCAUUAAGUCUUAGGAUAGGUGCAAAUUUCACUCAAAUGUCUGGAAUCAUAAAUGUUGUAUUUCUUUUGAUUGCAUUGAAAAAAAAAAUCUCUACACAAUGAAAUUUGCUACCCACCCCCGACCUCCAGAAGACUGAAAUGACCAAAAGAACCCUUUAUAAAUUCUGCUUCAGCCUGCACUUUGUUUAGCCAUCUUCAGCUCUCAGCAAGGUUGACAUUGUGUAUGUAAAUGAAAUGCUAUUUAUUAUGUAAAUAGUCAUUUUACCCUGUGGUGCACGUUUGAGCAAACAAAUAAUGACGUAAGCACAGUAUUUAUUGCAUCAAAUAUGUACCACAAGAAACGUAGAGUGCAAGCUUUAUACAGGUAAUGUAACGUAUUCUGUACCAUUAUAGGUAGUUUGGAUGCUAGCAAUGCAUGUCUGUACUACGACACCACUGUAUCCGGUUUCUCACACCGCUCAAAAUCUCCCUGAUGGGAAACCGUAUGCCAAUGGCAAAACCAAGAAAACCAUUCAACCGGUCUCAUUCCUUUAAGCCAUUAAGCAAUAGUUUGCAGCACUUUAACAAUUUUUGGUUAUUUUUAAAUUUUAAGUGGAUAAUAUACGGUGUAUAGCUAGACUGUACAGACAUCUUUUAAAAAAUGCUUAACCUAUUAAAAAUGUGUUUAGAAUUUUAUAAGCAAAUAUAAAUACUGUAAAAAGUCACUUUAUUUUAUUUUUCAGCUUUAUGUACAUAAAUAUGAAGAGGAAAUUGUCUUCAGAUUGAUAUCACAAUCACUUUUGUUACUUUCUGUCCAUAGUACUUUUUCAUGGAAGAUAUUUGCUAAAUAAGAAAUGAAAAUAAGACCGGGUAAUUGUAGACUUCCGCUUUUUUAUUAUAUUUGCUAAUUUUAGAUUGUUUCAUAAUUUUAAGGGGCAAAACAGAUUCACAACUCACAUCUGAAUUAUGCUUUGCAAUGGGAAAAAUAAAACUUUUCUUUGUUUCUGGCAAUGCCUGCAAUAACUGAUGGAAAAUAGUGCUUACUUGUCACUUUGUCUUUUUAAUUCUUCCUGAUUUUUGUUUAUGUUCUCAUUUCUUUGGAGUCGCGCCGUCUAAAUUGUCCUAAAUGCAAUGUGGGCUUCACAAUUUUUCCCCACAAAAACAGAGAGUAGCGAACUUAUAUAGUCAAUUACAUCGGGACAUCUUGUGUUUCUUAUAGAAGCAAACCAUAGGCUCCUUUUCUUAAAAAUACUUAAAUUGUAUUCGUGAAGUGCAUGCUGGAAAAUGCUACUAUUACCCUAAAUGAUGCUAACUAACAUUAAAAAUGUGCAAAACCAAUAAAGA